ACAGCAAACAAUGGACAGUGUGUGUGCUGCCUAUAAAUGUCAGGAGUUCCAGCUGCUCCAGAGCAGAGCGUCGACUUGCUGCUGUCCACCAUGACUGAGACACAUUUGGCUGUCGUCCUUGUUUCCCUGCUGUCCUUCAGCACUGCAGCACCAGCAGAAGACAAAUGCAGCCAGCUGACCAGAACUCUGACAGCUGAACAGAUUGACCAGAUCCUGGGCCGCUGGAUCUUCAUUGAGGGGACAGUUAAAAAUGACUUCUUUGGCCCUGUGCUGGACCACAUUGAAAGCAUGUGGAUGGUGCUGAACAGAACAGCAGACAACCAGACCCUGAGGUUAGACCAGGCAAACCGCCUGGCAGCACAGCAGCAGCCUGUACCAAUGAAAGAACGAUGUCUCCGAAGCACAGUGAAUGUUACCCUCGUCAGUGGCAAAGACUUGGAGUUUCACAUCCCAACUGCUGCAUCCUAUCACAGGUUCCUGCAGACCUGCUCUGACUGCCUGCUCAUGCACACCUACAACAACGAAAAUCAUUUCCAGAUGUUCUACCUGUUUGGCAGGAAUACAACGGUGGCAGCCUCUGAUUUGAACGUCUUCAGGAAACAAGCUGAAUGCCUCCGGUUUUCUCUGCCAUCCAAGUUUCAGUACGACACCAGCAAAGAACUCUGUCCAGCGUAGAGGAUGAAGCAACAGAGCGGCUGCUGCUGAUUAGUUUCCAUGCGCCGUAUUUUUACUCACCUGAUGUCUUCAUCUUCUUAGCCCUCCCUUUGAUUGAAACGGGAUAAUUAGUAAAUUCAUCAAACACCUUUUAGCUGGACCAUGCACAACUUAUUUACCAAAUGUUUUUCUUUUUCAAUCAUUUAGUGAACUAUCAAAAUCCAAGACGCUGUAACGGCCACAUAGUUGUACAGUGUCAGAAGACCGAUUCCUGACAAGAAAUUUUAAAAACCAAAAUUGUAAAACUUAAGAACUGUAACCCUUUUAAUGGGUUUGAAUGCUACCAACACGUUUAUUUAUUGUCAAUAAUGUCGGUACAAAUGUCGCUUUUAAGCGACCUUGAUAAUAUGAUUAUGUUUUAUUCAAAUAAAAAUAAUAAUAAUAAAAACUUUACAAUAAAACCAAUG